CCUCCCAAGACCCACAUGGGCGUUGGCAGGAGGAAGCUGGCCCCACUCUGGGGCCUGGCGCUCGCCCUGGCCUGCGCCCGGCACACAGGCCACGCCCAGGACGGCUCGUCCCAGCGCAGCUAUGAGCACCGCGCAGACCUCACCCCUGUGCCCUGGGGACCCGGUGACCCACUCAGCGGGGUGAUGACCUUCCUGCCCCUGAAGGCCGUCCCCGUGAUCCGAGCCCGGAACCCGGCGCACAACGGGCGCGUCUGCAGCACCUGGGGCGACUUCCACUACAAGACCUUCGACGGCGACGUCUUCCGCUUCCCCGGCCUCUGCAACUACGUGCUCUCCGCACACUGCGGCGCCGCCUACGAGGACUUCAAUGUCCAGCUGCGCCGUGGCCGGGAGUCCAACGCCACCACCCUGGGCAGGGUCACCAUGAAGCUCGAUGGGCUGGUGGUCGAGCUGACCAAGAGCUCCAUCCUGGUCGAUGGCCGCCCGGUCCGGCUGCCCUUCAGCCGCUCUGGGGUCCUCAUCCAGCGCAGAGGCAGCCACAUAAGGGUGGUGGCCAGGCUGGGCCUAGUCUUCACGUGGAACCAGGACGACAGCCUCCUGCUGGAGCUGGACCCCAAGUACGCCAACCAGACCUGCGGGCUGUGUGGAGACUUCAAUGGCAGGCCGGCCGUCGGCGAGUUCCUCACCCACAACGCCAGGCUGACCCCCCUGGAGUUUGGGAACCUGCAGAAGCUGGACGGCCCCACGGAGCAGUGCCCGGACCCCGCCCCUGCAGCCCCCGAGAACUGCUCGGCCAGCGUCGGCAUCUGCGAGGAGCUGCUGGGCGGCCGGCUGCUCGCGGGCUGCGCGGCCCUGGUGGACGUCGGUAGCUACGUGGACGCCUGCCGGCAGGACCUGUGCCUCUGCCAACGCACCGACCCGCUCAGCUGCGCGUGCGACACCCUGGCCGAGUACUCGCGGCAGUGCGCACACGCCGGGGGGCUGCCCCCGGACUGGCGGGGCCCUGACCUCUGCCCCCAGACCUGCCCCGACAACAUGCAGUACCACGAGUGCCGCUCGCCCUGCGCCGACACCUGCUCCAACCUGGAGCACUCCCGCGCCUGCGAGGACCACUGCACCGCCGGCUGCUUCUGCCCUGAGGGGACGGUGCUCGACGACAUUGGGCAGACUGGCUGCGUCCCUGUGUCCCAGUGCGCCUGCACGUACAACGGGGCCACCUAUGCUCCGGGCACUGCCUAUGCCACAGACUGCACCAACUGCACCUGCUCCGGGGGCCGCUGGAGCUGCCAGGAGGUUCCGUGUCCUGGCACCUGCUCCGUGCUCGGCGGCGCCCACUUCUCCACGUUCGACGAGAGGCAGUACACGGUGCACGGGGACUGCAGCUACGUGCUGGCCAAGCCCUGCGGCAGCGGCUCCUUCACGGUGCUGGCCGAGCUGCGCCCGUGUGGGCUGACGGACAGCGAGACCUGCCUGAGGAGCGUCACGCUGAGCCUGGACGGGGCGCACACGGUGGUCGUGGUGACGGCCAGCGGGGACGUGUUCGUGAACCAGAUCUACACGCAGCUGCCGGUCUCUGCAGCCAACGUCACCGUCUUCAGACCCUCCACCUUCUUCAUCGUGGCGCAGACCGGCCUGGGGCUGCAGCUGGAGGUGCAGCUGGUGCCCCUCAUGCAGCUGUUCGUGCGGCUGGACCCCGAGCUCCGCGGGCGAACCUGCGGCCUCUGCGGGAACUUCAACCAGAACCAGGCGGACGACUUCGCGGCCCUGAGCGGGCUGGUGGAGGGCACGGGCGCGGCCUUCGCCAACACCUGGAAGACCCAGGCCGCCUGCCCCAACGUCAGGAACAGCUUCGAGGACCCCUGCUCCCUGAGCGUGGAGAACGAGAAGUACGCUCAGCACUGGUGCUCGCGGCUGACAGACACCCACGGCCCCUUCGCCCGGUGCCACGCCGCCGUGAGCCCCGGCACCUACUACUCGAACUGCCUGUUCGACACGUGCAACUGCGAGAGGACCGAGGACUGCCUGUGCGCCGCCCUGUCGGCCUACGUGCACGCCUGCGCCGCCAAGGGCGUGCUGCUGCGCGGCUGGAGGGACGGCGUCUGCGCCACGCCCACGACCACCUGCCCCGAGUCCAUGGCCUACCACUACCACAUCAGCACCUGCCAGCCCACCUGCCGCGCUCUGAGCGAGGGGGACGUCACCUGCCACGUGUCCUUUGUGCCCGUGGACGGCUGCGCCUGCCCCGAGGGCACCUUCCUGGACGAGGCGGGCAAGUGUGUGGAGGCCGCCAGCUGUCCCUGCUACCACAGGGGCUCCGUGGUCCCCAGCGGGGAGUCGGUGCACGACGGCGGGGCCCUCUGCACCUGCACACGGGGGGCGCUGAGCUGCAUCGGGGGCCCCGUCCUCGCGUCGGUGUGCACCGCGCCCAUGGUCUACGUUGACUGCCGCAACGCCACGGCCGGGGCCGCCGGGGCCGGCUGCCAGAAGAGCUGCCACACCCUGGACAUGGCCUGCUACAGCCCCCAGUGCGUGCCCGGCUGCGUGUGCCCCGAAGGGCUGGUGGCGGAUGGCGAGGGCGGCUGCGUGGCGGAGGAGGACUGCCCCUGCGUGCACAACGAGGCCAGCUACCCGGCCGGCCAGACCAUCCUCGUGGGCUGCAACACCUGCACCUGUGACAGAAGGCUGUGGCGGUGCACGGACAAGCCCUGCCUGGCCACCUGCACCGUGUACGGGGACGGCCACUACCUCACAUUCGACAGGCAGCGCUACAGCUUCAACGGCGACUGCGAGUACACGCUCGUGCAGGACGACUGUGGCAGCAGCGGUGGUGCCCAGGAGGCCUUCCGCGUGGUCACCGAGAACGUCCCCUGCGGCACGACAGGCACCACCUGCUCCAAGGCCAUAAAGCUCUUCCUGGGGAGCUACGAGCUGAAGCUGAGCGCCGGGAAGGUGGAGGUGAUCGGGGACGGCGCCGGGCAGGAGGCGCCAUACUCCAUCCGCCAGACGGGCGUCUUCCUGGUGGUGGACACGAACGUGGGCCUCGUGCUGCUCUGGGACCGGAAGACCAGCAUCUCCAUCCAGCUCAGCCCCGAGCUCAAGGGCAGGGUCUGCGGCCUGUGUGGGAACUUCGACGACAACGCCCUCAACGACUUCACCACGCGGAGCCAGUCUGUGGCGGGAAACGCCCUGGAGUUCGGGAACAGCUGGAAGUUCUCCCCGAACUGCCCGGACGCCCUGGCGCCCAGGGACCCCUGCACCGCCAACCCGCACCGCAAGUCCUGGGCGCAGCGGCAGUGCAGCAUCAUCAACGGCGCCACCUUCGCCGCCUGCCAUGCCCACGUGGAGCCGGCCAAGUACUACGAGGCCUGCGUGAGCGACGCGUGCGCCUGCGACUCGGGGGGCGACUGCGAGUGUUUCUGCACGGCCGUGGCCGCCUACGCCCAGGCCUGCCACCACGUGGGGCUCUGCGUGGCCUGGAGGACCCCCGACGUCUGCCCUCUCUUCUGCGACUACUACAACCCCGAGGGCCACUGCGAGUGGCACUACCAGCCCUGCGGGGCCCCCUGCAUGCGCACCUGCCGGAACCCCCGCGGAGACUGCCUGCACGACGCCCGCGGCCUCGAAGGUUGCUACCCGACGUGCCCAGCGGAGGCUCCCAUCUUUGACGAGGACAAGAUGCAGUGUGUGGCCAAGUGCCCGGCCCCACCCCCGCCACCACCCUGCCGCGUCCAGGGGAAGUCGUACCAGCCCGGAGAGCCGGUGCCCUCGGACAGGAACUGCCAGUCCUGCGUGUGCGGUGCCAGCAGCGUGCAGUGCUCCUACAACGCCAGCGCCUGCGUCUGCACCUAUGACGGCCGGCGCUUCCGUCCCGGAGACGUCAUCUACCACACAGCGGACGGCACGGGCGGCUGCCUGUCCGCCCACUGCGGGGCCAACGGCACCAUCCAGAGGAGCGUCCACGGCUGCAGCCCCAGCAGCCCCCCGCCCCCGACCACCUUCUCCUUCUCCACGGCCCCACGGGACGUGAGCUCAAGACCGACCCCCAGCCCCGGCCUGAGCACAGCGCACGCGGGCCCUCCGAGCAGGGCCCAGUCCACAGCCGCGGGCACCCCACCCAGGACGGCACCUUCCUCAGCCUCUGUGCCGGCCCACCAUGGCUGCGGGGAGGAGUGCCUGUGGUCACCGUGGCUGGACGUCAGCCGUCCUGGACGGGGCAUCGACAGCGGUGACUUCGACACGCUGGAGAACCUCCGAGCCCACGGGUACCGCGUGUGCCUCGCACCCAGGGAGGUGCAGUGCCGGGCCGAGGACGCCCCCGAGGUGCCGCUGCACGUGCUGGGGCAGCGGGUGGACUGCAGCCCGGCGCUGGGGCUGACCUGCCACAACAAGGACCAGGCGUCCGGGCUCUGUGACAACUACCAGAUCAGGGUCCUGUGCUGCACGCCCCUGGCCUGCCCCACCUCCCACGGCCCCAGCCAGACCACGCCCCCGGCACCUUCCAGGACCGCGGAGACCCAGGCCUCGGGCUCCCCAGCCCCCGGCAGCACAGCCGGCCCGGCCACUGUCUCCACAGCUGCCACGGCACGGACCACGGUCAGCACCACGCCUGCCCCGGGCACCAGCACAGCCGUGCUGACCCCCAGCUUGACGCCGGGGCCCACAGCCUCGACACCCCCUGUGUCGCCCCCUGGGACCUCAGGGGCCACGGGCGAGCCACCCUCCCCCAGGCCCACCCGGGACUGCCAACAGGAGGUCUGCAGCUGGACCGCGUGGAUCGACGGCAGCUACCCCAGCCCCGAACCGAACGGUGGAGAUUUUGACACGUUCCAGAACCUGAGAGCAAAAGGCUACAAAUUCUGCGACAGGCCCAGGCGCGUGCAGUGCAGGGCGCAGGCCUUCCCCGACACGCCCCUGGCCGAGCUCGGCCAGGACGUGACCUGCAACGCCAGGGAGGGGCUGCUCUGCCUGAACCGGAACCAGCUGCCGCCCAUCUGCUACAACUACGAGAUCCGCAUCCAGUGCUGCCGCCUGCAGGACGUGUGCCCCCCGGGGACCACGGCGCCCGCGACCUCGGCCGCCACACCGCCCACGCCACCUGCAGCCCGCACUGAAACGCACACCACGGCGACAACGGCAGUCCCCUCGACCCCGACACAGCACACGGGGGUGAGCUCCACAGCGGUGGCCACGCCGGCCAGCACCAGGCACAGCACUCACGUGGUGACUGCCCCCGAGACCAGGGACUGCCAGCCCAGGUGCGCGUGGACCAAGUGGUUCGACGUGGACUAUCCGGCCCCGGGGCCCCACGGUGGAGACGUCGAAACCUACAACCACAUCAUCAGCAGAGGGGAGAGCAUCUGCCACCGGCCCGGGGACAUCAGCAAGCUCGAGUGCCGCGCGGAGAACCACCCCGACGUGGGCCUGGAGGCGCUGGGCCAGGUGGUGCAGUGCAGCCGCGACGUGGGCCUGCUGUGCCGGAACCGGGACCAGGCGGGGGCUCAGAAGCUGUGCCUCAACUACCAGGUGCGCGUGCUGUGCUGCCGGACCCCUGACGGCUGCCCCCUGACCACCAUCCCGGUCACAGUCCUCAGCACCUUAAGUGAGAACGUCACCAGCCCAACUCAGAGCACCUUGUCUGGGCAGAGAACCAGCACAACCUCUGAGGAGACAGCCAGCACAACCUCCUCACCACAAAGCAGCACCAGCUCUGGUCCCAUGACCAGUGGCACCUCUGCUCCUACAGCCGGCACCACCUCUGGUCCUAUAACCAGGACAACCUCAGCUUCCACAGCCAGCACCACAUCUCGGCAUAAAUUGAAAACUACCUUGGGUCCUAUAACCAGCACAACCUCCUUGCCACAAACAAGCACCAUCUCUGGUCCUCCAGCCAGCACAACCUCUGGUCCUAUAACCAAGGAAACCCCUGCUUCUACAGCCAGCACCAUCUCUCGGCAUAAAUUCAAAACUACCUUGGGUCAUAUAACCAGGACAACCUCCUCACCACAAACCAGUGCCACCUCUGGUCCUACAGCCAGUACAACCUCUGGUCCCAUUGCCAGUGCCACCUCUGGUCCUACAGCCAGCACAAUCUCUGGUCCCAUAACAAGGGCAACCUCUGCUUCUACAGCCAGCACCAUCUCUCAGCAUAAAUUGAAAACUACCUUGGGUCCUAUAACCAGCACAACCUCCUCACCACAAACCAGCACCACCUCUGGUCCUACAGCCAGUGGAUCCUCUGGUCCUAUAACCAGGGCAAGCUCUGGUCCUAUAACCAAGGCACCCUCUGGUCGUACAGCCAGCACAAUCUCUGGUCAUAUAACCAGUGCAUUCUCUGGUCCCACAGCCAGCACAACCUCUCAUGCCACACCCAGUGGCACCUCUGGUCCUACAGCCACAACAAUCUCUGGUCCUAUAACCAAGGAAACCUCUGCGUCUACACCCAGCACGACCUCUCGACAUAAGUUGAAAACUACCUUGGGUCCUAUAACCAGCACCACCUCCUCACUACAAACCAGCACUACUUCCGGUCUUAUACCGAGAACAACCUCUGCUUCUACAGCCAGCACAACCUCUGCUUCUACAGCCAGCACCAUCUCUCGGCAUAAAUUGAAAACUACCUUGGGUCCUAUAACCAGCACAGCCUCCUCACCACAAACCAGUACCACCUCCAGUCUUACAGUGAGCACAACCUCUGGUCCUAUAACCAAGGCAAUCUCUGGUCCUACAAUCAGCACCACCUCUGGUCCCAUUGCCAGUGCCACCUCUGGUCCUACAGCCAGCACAAAAUCUGGUCCUAUAAUCAGGACAACCUCAGCUUCCACGGCCAGCACCACAUCUCGGCAUGAAUUGAAAACUACCUUGGGUCCUAUAACCAGGACUACCUCCUCACGACAAACUAUUACCAUCUCUGGUCCUACAGCCAGCACAACCUCUGGUCCCAUAACCAGGGCAACCUCCGGUCCCAUACCCAGUGGCACUUCUGCUCCUAUACCCAGGGCAAACUCCAGUCCUACAGCCAGCACAACCUCUGGUCCUAUAACCAGGGCAACCUCUGGUCCUACAGCCAGCACAACCUCUGGUCCUAUACCCAGGGCAACCUCUGGUCCCAUACCCAGUGGCACUUCUGCUCCUAUAGUCAGCACAUCCUCUGGUCCCAUAACCAGGGCAACCUCGGGUCCUACAGCCAGCACCACCUCUGGUCCUAUAACCAGCACAACCUUUGGUCCUAUAACCAGGGCAACCUCUGGUCCCAUACCCAGUGGCACCUCUGUUCCUAUUGCUAGCACAACUUCUGGUUCUAUAACCAGGGCAACCUCUGGUCCUAUAGCCAGCACAUCUUCUGGUUCUAUAGCCAGCACAACCUUUGGAACUAUAAGCAGGGCAACCUCUGGUCCCAUACUCAGUGGCACCUCUAGUCCUAUAUCCAGCACAACCUCUGGACCUAUAACCAGCAGAACUUCUGGUCCCAUACCCAGUGGCACCUCUGGUCCUAUAACCAGCACAACCCUUGGUCCUAUAACCAGGGCAACCUCUGGACCUAUAACCAGCACAACCUCUGGUCCCAUACCCAGUGGCACCUCUGGUCCUAUAACCAAGGUAACCUCUGGUCCUACAGCCAGCACCAAAUCACAGCAUAAAUUGAAAACUACCUGGGGUCCUAUAACCAGCACAACCUCCUCCCCACAAACCAGCACUGCUUCCAGUCUUACAGUGGGCACAACCUCUGGUCCUAUAACAAAGGCAACCUCCGGUCCUAUAACAAGGGCAACCUCUGCUUCUACAGCCAGCACCAUCUCUCGGCAUAAAUUGAAAACUACCUUGGGUCCUAUAACCAGCACAGCCUCCUCACCACAAACCAGUGCCACCUCUGGUCCUACAGCCAGUACAACCUCUGGUCCCAUUGCCACCUCUGGUCCUACAGCCAGUACAACCUCUGGUCCCAUUGCCACCUCUGGUCCUACAGCCAGCACAAUCUCUGGUCCUAUAACCAGAACAACCUCAGCUUCCACAGCCAGCACCAUCUCUCGGCAUAAAUUGAAAACUACCUUGGGUCCUAUAACCAGCACAACCUCCUCACCACAAACCAGCACCACCUCUGGUCCUACAAUCAGCACAACCUCUGGUCCCGUUGCCACCUCUGGUCCUAUAGCCAGCACAUCCUCUGGACUUAUAACCAGGGCAACCUCUGGUCCCAUACCCAGUGGCACCUCUGGUCCUAUAGCCAGCACAUCCUCUGUUCCUAUAACCAGGCCAACCUCUGGUCCUAUACCCAGCUCAUCCUCUGGUCCUAUAACCAGGGCAACCUCUGGUCCCAUACCUAGUAGCACCUCUGGUCCUAUAGCCAGCACAACCUCCAGUUCUAUAACCAGGGCAACCUCUGGUCCCAUACCCAGUGGCACCUAUGGUCCUACAGCCAGCACAAACUCUGGGCCUAUAACCAGGUCAACCUCUGGUCCCAUACCCAGUGGCACCCCUCGUCCUACAGCCAGCACAUCCUCUGGUCCCAUUGCCAGUGCCACCUCUGGUCCUAUAGCCAGCACUACCUCUGGUCCCAUAACCAGGGCAACUUCUGGUCCUACAGGCAGCACAUCCUCUGGUCCUAUAACCAGGGCAACCUCGGGUCCCAUACCCACUGGCACCUCUGGUCCUACAGCCAGCACAUCCUCUGGUCCCAUUGCCAGUGCCACCUCUGGACCUAUAACCAGCACAACCUCUGGUCCCAUACCCAGUGGCACCUCUGGUCCUAUAACCAGCACAUCCUCUGGUCCUACAGCCAGCACCAAAUCACAGCAUAAAUUGAAAACUACCUUGGGUCCUAUAACCAGCACCACCUCCUCACCACAAACCAGCACUGCUUCCAGUCUUACAGUGGGUACAACCUCCGGUCCUAUAACAAGGGCAACCUCUGCUUCUACAGCCAGCACCAUCUCUCGGCAUAAAUUGAAAACUACCUUGGGUCCUAUAACCAGCACAACCUCCUCACCACAAACCAGCACCACCUCUGGUCCUACAACCAGCAUAACCUCAGCUCCCAUACCCCGUGCCACCUCUGGUCCUACAGCCAGUGGAUCCUCUGGUCCUAUAACCAGGGCAAGCUCUGGUCCUAUAACCAAGGCAACCUCUGGUCGUACAGCCAGCACAAUCUCUGGUCAUAUAACCAGUGCAUUCUCUGGUCCCACAGCCAGCACAACCUCUCAUGCCACACCCAGUGGCACCUCUGGUCCUACAGCCACAACAAUCUCUGGUCCUAUAACCAAGGAAACCUCUGCGUCUACACCCAGCACGACCUCUCGACAUAAGUUGAAAACUACCUUGGGUCCUAUAACCAGCACCACCUCCUCACUACAAACCAGCACUACUUCCGGUCUUAUACCGAGAACAACCUCUGGUCCUACAGCCAGCACAACCUCUGCUUCUACAGCCAGCACCAUCUCUCGGCAUAAAUUGAAAACUACCUUGGGUCCUAUAACCAGCACAACCUCCUCACCACAAACCAGCACCACCUCUGGUCCUACAACCAGCAUAACCUCAGCUCCCAUACCCCGUGCCACCUCUGGUCCUACAGCCAGUGGAUCCUCUGGUCCUAUAACCAGGGCAAGCUCUGGUCCUAUAACCAAGGCAACCUCUGGUCGUACAGCCAGCACAAUCUCUGGUCAUAUAACCAGUGCAUUCUCUGGUCCCACAGCCAGCACAACCUCUCAUGCCACACCCAGUGGCACCUCUGGUCCUACAGCCACAACAAUCUCUGGUCCUAUAACCAAGGAAACCUCUGCGUCUACACCCAGCACGACCUCUCGACAUAAGUUGAAAACUACCUUGGGUCCUAUAACCAGCACCACCUCCUCACUACAAACCAGCACUACUUCCGGUCUUAUACCGAGAACAACCUCUGGUCCUACAGCCAGCACAACCUCUGCUUCUACAGCCAGCACCAUCUCUCGGCAUAAAUUGAAAACUACCUUGGGUCCUAUAACCAGCACAACCUCCUCACCACAAACCAGUACCACCUCCAGUCUUACAGUGAGCACAACCUCUGGUCCUACAAUCAGCACCACCUCUGGUCCUAUUGACAGUGCCACCUCUGGUCCUACAGCCAGCACAAAAUCUGGUCCUAUAAGCAGGACAACCUCAGCUUCCACGGCCAGCACCACAUCUCGGCAUGAAUUGAAAACUACCUUGGGUCCUAUAACCAGCACAACCUCCUCACCACAAACCAGCACCACCUCUGGUCCUCCAGCCAGCACAACCUCUGCUCCUAUAACCAGGGCAACCUCUGGUCCUACAGCCAGCACAGCCUCUGGUCCUAUACCCAGGGAAACCUCUGGUCCCAUACCCAGUGGCACUUCUGCUCCUAUAGCCAGCACAUCCUCUGGUCCCAUAACCAGGGCAACCUCUGGUCCUACAGCCAGCACCACCUCUGGUCCUAUAACCAGCACAACCUUUGGUCCUAUAACCAGGGCAACCUCUGGUCCCAUACCCAGUGGCACCUCUGGUCCUAUAGCUAGCACAACUUCUGGUCCUAUAACCAGGGCAACCUCUGGUCCUAUAGCCAGCACAUCUUCUGGUUCUAUAGCCAGCACAACCUCUGGAACUAUAACCAGGGCAACCUCUGGUCCCAUACUCAGUGGCACCUCUAGUCCUAUAUCCAGCACAACCUCUGGACCUAUAACCAGCAGAACUUCUGGUCCCAUACCCAGUGGCACCUCUGGUCCUAUAACCAGCACAACCUCUGGUCCCAUACCCAGUGGCACCUCUGGUGUUAUAACUAAGGUAACCUCUGGUCCUACAGCCAGGACCAAAUCACAGCAUAAAUUGAAAACUACCUGGGGUCCUAUAACCAGCACAACCUCCUCCCCACAAACCAGCACUACUUCCAGUCUUACAGUGAGCACAACCUCUGGUCCUAUAACAAGGGCAACCUCUGCUUCUACAGCCAGCACCAUCUCUCGGCAUAAAUUGAAAACUACCUUGGGUCCUAUAACCAGCACAGCCUCCUCACCACAAACCAGUACCACCUCUGGUCCUACAGCCAGUACAACCUCUGGUCCCAUUGCCAGUGCCACCUCUGGUCCUACAGCCAGCACAAUCUCUGGUCCUAUAACCAGAACAACCUCAGCUUCCACAGCCAGCACCAUCUCUCGGCAUAAAUUGAAAACUACCUUGGGUCCUAUAACCAGCACAACCUCCUCACCACAAACCAGCACCACCUCUGGUCCUACAAUCAGCACAACCUCUGGUCCCGUUGCCACCUCUGGUCCUAUAGCCAGCAUAUCCUCUGGACUUAUAACCAGGGCAACCUCUGGUCCCAUACCCAGUGGCACCUCUGGUCCUAUAGCCAGCACAUCCUCUGUUCCUAUAACCAGACCAACCUCUGGUCCUAUAGCCAGCUCAUCCUCUGGUCCUAUAACCAGGGCAACUUCUGGUCCCAUACCCAGUGGCACCUCUGGUCCUAUAGCCAGCACAACCUCUGGUCCUAUAACCAGGGCAACCUCUGGUCCCAUACCCAGUAGCACCUCUGGUCCUAUAGCCAGCACAGCCUCUGGUCCCAUACCCAGUGGCCCCUUUGGUCCUACAGGCAGCACAACCUCUGGUCCUAUAACCAGGGCAACCUCUGGUCCCAUACCCAGUGGCACCCCUGGUCCUAUAGCCAGCACAUCUUCUGGUCCCAUAACCCGGGCAACCUCUGGUCCUACAGCCAGCACAACCUCUGGUCCUAUAACCAGGGCAACCUCUGGUCCUAUACCCAGUGGCACCUCUGGUCCUAUAACCAGGGCAACCUCUGGUCCCUUACCCAGUGGCACCUCUGGUCCUAUAGCCAGCACAACCUCUAGUCCCAUAACCAGGGCAACUUCUGGUCCUACAGGCAGCACAUCCUCUGGUCCUAUAACCAGGGCAACCUCUGGUCCCAUACCCAGUGGCACCUCUGGUCCUAUAGCUAGCACAUCCUCUGGUCCUAUAACCAGCACAUCCUCUGGUCCCAUUGCCAGUGCCACCUCUGGACCUAUAACCAGCACAACCUCUGGUCCCAUACUCAGUGGCACCUCUGGUCCUAUAACCAAGGUAACCUCUGGUCCUACAGCCAGCACCAAAUCACAGCAUAAAUUGAAAACUACCUGGGGUCCUGUAACCAGCACAACCUCCUCCUCGCAAACCAUCACUGCUUCUGGUCUUACAGUGGGCACAACCUCUGGUCCUAUAACAAGGGCAACCUCUGCUUCUACAGCCAGCACCAUCUCUCGGCAUAAAUUGAAAACUACUUUGGGUCCUAUAACCAGCACAACCUCCUCACCACAAACCAGUGCCACCUCUGGUCCUACAAUCAGCACAACCUCUGGUCCCAUUGCCAGUGCCACCUCUGGUCCUAUAGGCAGCACAUCCUCUGUUCCUCUAACCAGGGCAACCUCUGGUCCUAUAGCCAGCACAUCCUCUGUUCCUAUAACCAGGGCAACCUCUGGUCCUAUAGCCAGCACAACCUCUGGUCCUAUAACCAGGGCAACCUCUGGUCCCAUACCCAGUGGCACCUCUAGUCCCAUAAGCAGUAGCACCUCUGGUCCUAUAGGCAGCACAGCCUCUGGUCCUAUAACCAGGGCAACCUCUGGUCCUAUAACUACUCCCAGCCCUGUCCCCACCACCAGCACGACCUCUGCUGCUUUAACUAGCACAGUCCAUGUCCCUACUCCCGGGACAACCGUCAUCCCACCUGUGACCAGGGACUGCCAGCCCAGGUGUGUGUGGACCAAGUGGUUCGACGUGGACUAUCCGGCUCCGGGGCCCCACGGUGGAGACGUCGAAACCUACAACCACAUCAUCAGCAGAGGGGAGAGCAUCUGCCACCGGCCCAGGGACAUCAGCAAGCUCGAGUGCCGCGCGGAGAACCACCCCGACGUGGGCCUGGAGGCGCUGGGCCAGGUGGUGCAGUGCAGCCGCGACGUGGGCCUGCUGUGCCGGAACCGGGACCAGGCGGGGGCUCAGAAGCUGUGCCUCAACUACCAGGUGCGCGUGCUGUGCUGUCGGACCCCUGACGGCUGCGCCCUUGGCCCCGUGACCCCCUACACGACUCCCCCUGGCGAGACGUCACCUGCCGUCCUGUCCAGCUCUGCCACGUCCAGCUCUGCCGUGUCCAGCUCUGUGGCGCCCUCCAGCCCGACCUGCUUCUGCAGCGUUGGCGACCGGCUGUAUCCCGCAGGAUCCGUCAUUUACCGCCAGGCAGACCUUGCAGGGCACUGCUAUCACGCCUUGUGCAACUGGGACUGUCAGGUGGUCAGAUGGGUUGACAGUGCCUGUCCCUCCACCACGGCGCCCCUGUCCCCGGUGACAUCCCCUUCCACCGCCACCUCUGAGCCUGUCCCGGCACAGGGAUGUCCACAUGCGGUUCCCCCACGAAAGAAAGGGGAGACCUGGGCUAUGCCCAACUGCUCCCAGGCCACCUGCGAGGGCGGCAACGUCAUCUCCCUGCGCCCGCGCCCGUGCCCGCAUGUGGAGAAGCCCACCUGUGCCAACGGCUACCCGGCCCUGAAGGUGGCCGACCAGGACGGCUGCUGCCAGCACUACCAGUGCCAGUGUGUGUGCAGCGGCUGGGGAGACCCUCACUACAUCACCUUUGACGGCACCUACUACACGUUCCUGGACAACUGCACGUAUGUGCUGGUGCAGCAGAUCGUGCCCGUGUACGGCCACUUCCGCGUGCUCAUCGACAACUACUUCUGCGGCGCGGAGGACGGGCUCUCCUGCCCCAAGUCCAUCAUCGUGGAGUACGGGGGGGACCGCGUGGUGCUGACCCGCAGGCCCGUCGGCGGGGUGAUGACCAACGAGGUCAUCUUCGACAACGAGGUGGUGAGCCCCGGCUUCCGGAAGAACGGCAUCGUGGUCUCGCGAGUUGGCAUCAAGAUGUACGUGACCAUCCCCGCGAUCGGCGUCCAGGUCAUGUUCAGCGGCCUCAUCUUCUCGGUGGAAGUGCCGUUCAGCAAGUUCGCCAACAACACCGAGGGCCAGUGCGGCACAUGCACCAAUGACCAGAAGGACGAUUGCCGCCUGCCUGGGGGGGCCGUGGCCACCUCCUGCUCCAAGAUGGCCGGCCUCUGGAACGUGACCAACCCUGACCAGCCGUCCUGCCAUGGGCCUCGCCAGGCACCCACCACCGUGGGGCCCACCACCGUGGGGCCCACGCCCCCACCUGCCACGUGCCCGCCGUCCCCUCUCUGCCAGCUGAUUCUGAGCAAGGUCUUCGAGCCGUGCCACGCCGUGAUCCCCCCAUGGUCGUUCUACGAGGGCUGCGCCUUUGACCAGUGCCACGUGACCGACCCAGAGGUGGUGUGCUCCGGCCUGGAGCUGUAUGCGUCGCUGUGCGCGACCUACGGCGUGUGCAUCGACUGGAGGGGCCGGACCAACCACACGUGCCUGCUCGCCUGCCCAGCCGGCAAGGUGUACCAGCCCUGUGGCCCGGCCGACCCCACCUACUGCUACGGGAACGACAGCGCCAGCCCCGCGGUCCUGCAGGACGUCGGCACCAUCACGGAAGGCUGCUUCUGUCCCCAGGGCAUGACAUUCUUCAGCGCCAGCACCCAGGCCUGCGUGCCCGCCGGCUGCCCCCGGUGCCUGGGGCCCCGCGGAGAGCCCAUGGAGCCGGGCCAAACAGUCACCGUCGACUGCCAAGAGUGCAGCUGCGAGGGGACCGCUUGGACUGUGACCUGCCGGACAAAGCCCUGCCCGCUGCCCCCCGCCUGCCCCCUGCCCGGCCUGGUGCCGGUGCCGGUGGCCCCUCGGGCUGGCCAGUGCUGCCCUCAGUACCGCUGUGCCUGCAAUGCCAGCCACUGCCCCAGGCCCGUGGAGUGUCCCCAGGGCUCCCACCCGGCCCUGAGCUACGAGGAGGGGACCUGCUGCCCAACGCAGAACUGCAGCUGGACGGUUUGCAGCGUCAACGGGACUCUGUACCAGCCCGGUGCAGUGGUCUCCUCCACCCUGUGCGAAACCUGCAGGUGUGAGGUGGCCGGCGGCCGCCAGGCAGACACACCCGUGGUCACCUGUGAGACCCAGAUCUGCGACACCCACUGCCCCACGGGCUUCGAGUACCAGGCCCGGAGCGGGCAGUGCUGUGGUGCCUGCGUGCAGGUGGCCUGCGUCGCCAACAGCAGCGGCAGCCCCGCCCACCUCUUCUAUCCUGGGGAGACCUGGUCGGACCCUGGGAACCACUGCGUGACCCACGAGUGUGAGAGGAGCCAGGACGGGCUGGUGGUGGUGACCACACGGAAGGCGUGUCCCCCACUCAGCUGUGCUCUGGACCAGGCCCAGCUGGGCGAGGACGGCUGCUGCCACUUCUGUCCCCAGCCCAGGUCGACCUGUGCCGUGCACCACAGGCAGCAGCUCAUCCGGCAGCGGGACUGCAGCUCCGCGGAGCCUGUGCACCUGGCCUACUGCCAGGGCGACUGCGGGGACACCGGCUCCCUGUACUCCCUGGAGGCCCAGGCGCUGCGGCACAGCUGCAGGUGCUGCCAGGAGCUGCGCACGACGCUGCGGAACGUGACCCUACACUGCGCCGACGGCUCCCGCCGGGCCUUCCACUACACCACGGUGGAGGAGUGUGGCUGCGCGGGCCAGCGCUGCCCCUCGCCCGGUGACGCCAGCCACACGGGGGAGCCGGAGCCCGAUGGCAGCGAGGAGGAACACAGCCGGGAGACAGGCGGCCGGAGCCGGCGAGCAGGGUCCCAGGAAUCCCCUGCCCACUGACCCACCAGAGACAACGUCCUCCGUGUCCUCAGUCUUGGUUCCCAAGGCCCUUGUCCAGUGACGAGUCCAGAAUACAGUCCCCCACGGCGCUCACUGGGCAGCCCCUCCUGCCUGUGGACCCCGCUCAGGCAGAGCCUGGGCCGCUGGGGGCUCCUCUGGCCACAGGCCCAGCCUGCCGAGUCGGGGCUUAAGCACCACGUGAGGGUCUCACGAAUGACUGUCGGUGACAGGGCCACCGGCUACACGGCAGCUACCGAGAGGUAGAGCCUCACACGACCUCGGCCCUGGGCUGUGUCCCCUCCACAGGAAGUGGCCAAGCUGUCCCAUAAAUAUACUUCAAGCAUUUUGCAA